AUGAUCCUGAGCCAGGAGUCUCUUCAAAUGUUUCUUCAACAGGUUCCCUCCAGCGGACAUCAGCAGCCUCUGAAGAUCCAGAGCAUGUGCCCUUCGCCGACAUUGCCCACUCCUCAGCGUGUUUCAGAGAGUCCGCAGCCUUCUCAGUCUCCGCUCACAUUAAGUCAACACAUGCAGUCGCCACAUCACCAACAGUCCAGACCGCCCUCACAGCCCCAGCCCCAGAAUCAGACGCCUUCUCGCUCGUGUACACCAUCGCACCAAUCACUAUUUAUAAUUCAGAACCAAAGUGCAGACUGUCCGCAGCCGACAUCUCAGCCACAGACCACAAUACAAGUUCAGCUCCAGCCGCAGCCCAACGCUCAUCAGUCGGAAAGGCCUUCUUUGUCACAGUCCCCAAAACCUCAGUCUGUCCAGCAUCAGUUCAGCUCGUCCCCAAUAAACAUUUCGCCUAAUACAGUGGUGAAAACCCAGGUUCCUGUCAUUGGCCUCUCGACAGAACAGCAACACCUUCAACUAGUAACGGCGCAAAUUCAGACAUUGUCAACUAUUGCACAGCCCUCACUUCAGCAAAAACAACUUUUAGAAAAGUUACAUCAGAUUCAUCAGAACCUUAUGCUAAAGCAGCCCACUCAGCCUAAAAUUCAACUUAAUGCAACGUCUCAUUUUGGCUCCCAGCAAGAUGUGCCUCUCGACAAAGUGAUAACAUCCAGUACUGGUUUACCUGCUCAGAUCCCUGCAGUGCUGCAGCCGACGUCAGUAGUUAUGAAAACACCCGCAACCGGAAUAAGCGAUUUACAGGUAUUCUCAGGAGCCCAAGGGGCAGCUGCAACAAUUAUGAAUCAAAGUGUCACUCCUACCUGCCUUAACCAGCCUGCACAGGUUCAGCCAAAGCCAGGGGUGAUUAGUUCAGUCGGAGGACUGACACUGGGUAAAGGAGGGGUGCAACUACAAGUGUUAGGAUCUAGUCUGAAUCAAAUGCCUGCUCUUCAACCAUCUGCUGCUGUACAAACUCAUACUACAAUAAAGAUGCCUUUUGCUGCAGAGCCCAGCAAGGAAGCAAGGUUGCUGGAACAACUAAGGAAACAACAAGGUUCUGCGCUUCACCCAAACUACAGUGCUCCUUUUAACACAUUUGAGGACACACUGCAAAGACUACUGCCUUAUCAUCUCUACCAGGGAAAUAUACACUCCUCAGAGGAUUAUGAAAAUGUGGAUGAAGAAUUUGAGAAGGUAUCCUCCAUUCUCCAUAAGCGGACACAGGCUAUGGUGGAUAAAUACAGGCAUUUACUAUUUUCAGAAUCUAAGCAAAGACUGGGACCCUCCGCAGAGAUGGUGAUGAUCGAUCGCAUGUUCAUACAGGAAGAGAAAGUUGCAAUAAGUCAAGAUAGAAUUUUGGCCAAGGAGAGACCAGACGAGUUUUUGGCCAAUGUGCGCAAAUGGGAGAGUGCAGCAAGAGAAAUCUCAGCAAAAUAUUCUCCUCCCGCUGACACAAAGUCAGAAAGUCAGGAGGCUGCUGCUUCCCUUGGUUCAGCCCUCGCCUCUGCUCCUACACAGAAUGUGACCCCAAAACCCCCGACUCCACCAGCACCCACCCCUCCUGUCCCUCCUCCCCCUGUUUCAGCCCCAGCCCCAAUCCCCUCUAUUCCGACACCGGCCCCUGCUCGUAUCUCCACUACAACUCGUGCUUCAGAGCCCCCUCCUGCCUCGCUACCUUCUGCCUCUGCACCCCCUGCUUCUUCUUUUCCUCCAACCAAACUGGUCAUAAAACAGGGCGGCAGCGGAGCCUGUGUGUCCUGGUCCAGCAGUUGCCCGACACCCCCCAAGGACUCUGCAAAGUCAACAGCAGAGCCCACGGCUACUCCAACCUCCGCUCUCAGUCGUACCGCAGCUGCUUCAUCCUCACAUUUUUCUUCUUCCUCACCAUUCAACUCUAAAGCAUCUGAUGACGAUGACACUUUAUUGCAGAGAACUAGUAAACCACCCAUUAAGACCUACGAAGCCCGCAGGCGGAUUGGCUUGAAGCUCAAAAUCAAGCAGGAUCAGGGUGGCUUCAGUAAGGUGGUCCACAACACUGCCUUAGACCCUGUGCACACACCUCAAGCUCAGCCCAGCAGUCAGUCCACACAGCCACCCUCAAUGAAGCAUAACUCUUCUGUUGUAGCCCCAAAAUGCCCUGCUCCUUCCACCUCUGUGACUGUCAUCCGAACUCAGACCCCCGUUUGCACAAGUAGUUCCUCAACCUCUUCUACCACGUGUGCUAUUGACAGUAUCCUAAACCUGCAGCAGGAGCCCCCUGGCCACGGUCCCAUCAAAAGCAGACCUCACCAUGACCACCACCUUCAAGGGGUCUCAACGUCUCUGUCCCACAGACCCUCAGUCCUACCGUCCGCCGCCUCGUCCUCUCUGGCCCAGCGCCCUCAGAAACACCCAUAUGCCGUAGCAGCUCCACCAUUUGGCUUUUUGGGGAACAAAUAUUUUUCAAACUCCAGUUGUGAGAAAGACUGCAAGAUCCUGAAGCGGUGCUCUCGCAAUCUGGAGCUAUAUUGA